AUGUAGCGUCAGUCAUCUUUUAAUGCAUUGGUGAUCGGGAGGUUAUUUUAAUGAAAUCACGUGUAUGUAGGUGUAUCCGGCAUGACUGGUUAGUAGUUACUGCCUUUUGAAAGGCGCUGCCACUCUUAUGUUUACUUUCAGUGGUGCUGAGUUGUCAUUUUGGGCUUAUAAACGUGCGUGAGUGACGCCGAGAAAGUGAUUCCCAACCAGGGUGCAGUGACGUCACGGCGACGCAUAGUCUGACGUUUUUCUAUUCUUGCGUCAAUUAAGGUUGGGGAAACACUGGACAAGAGAGUACCAACCAUGGAUGAUUCUGUGAUGUCAGAUGACCCAAAGUUCUGCUUUGAGGAGGUUCUGAGCACCUUCAAGGUGUGUUUGACUGAAGACAAAGAGGUCAUUCUGGAAAACUACGUGUCGAGCUGGCGUGGUCUGAUUAAGUUUUUGAACAGCUUGGGAUCUGUCUUUGGCUUCAUUUCCAAGGAUGCCACCAACAAGAUCCAAAUCUUGAUGAAUUUGAUCAAAGGAGAUACACACUCCCACUACAUGACUGCGCAGUCCAUGGUCCGAUACGAGCUGGACAACGGACUGGUGGACAUCGAAAAGCGAGGCAGCCAUCCCGAGUCAGGCACUCGUACUCUCCUGAGGCUUCACCGUGCGCUCAGGUGGCUGGAGCUCUUCCUGGAGCGGCUGAGGACCAGCACCGAGGACUGCAAAACGUCCGCCAUGUGCGCCGAGGCCUACAACGAGUCCCUCGCGCACUAUCACCCGUGGGUGGUGCGCAAGGCCGCGGGCUUAGCCUUCAUCGUGCUUCCUGGACGCCCCGCCUUCUUUGAGGUGAUGAACGUGGGCCCCCCUGAGCAAGUGGUCGCCAUUCUGGGGGAAGCGAUGCCUCUCAUUUCGGAAGUGUACCAGAUCACGGAGGACCUUUAUGCUAAGAACAACCUGCUGGACUUGCCAUAGAAGCCGGCGAACGUUCUGUAACUAUUGACUGCAACUUGAAGGGACUGCAAUAUCUGCAUGUUGGAACUUUCGUUACCACUUUCUGCAAUCAUCUUUUAUGCAGAAGUGAUUACAUCUUGGGGAUGAAUAUCUUUUCGUGACAUUCUUAAUAGUCAUAUGAGUUAUCUCGGGGCUUCUACUUUAGAGGUUCUACUGUAUUGAGGAAACUUUUAAGCCUUUGGGUUGUUUAAAACUUCUCCAUAACUGUAAAAUAGCUUCAAUCAUGUCAUGUGAAAAUGUUAUGUUCAACUGGGGAUUUUAUAUCAAAUAUGCUGGUGUGGUUGAAUUGAAGGAAAUCCUCUAGCAGGUUUUCCAAUAAUACUUGAUUGCUAUUACAUACAUUUAAUGUUGCUCCAAUAUGUUAAGUACAUUUUUGUAUCGUCUAUUGAAUGUAAAACGCGAAUCUGACCAAAUGUGGUCAAAUUAGGUCUUGUGUGGUCAAUGAUACAAAUCUUACAAAAAGAGAGAAAAUCAUGAAUUCUUACCAUCUUAGAGCAUUUAAAUUACUGUACUAUUCUGAGUCAUUCCAUGCAAAUAAAAAAAUUAUAUAUGCUUUGUCCUUUAAACAGUAAUUUAAAACUGUAUUAGCAUUUGUCUUCAGUUUCAUGCUUGGUGGAGGUCAUUAAUAAUGAUAAUACAGUUUCUCAAUGCACAUAAGACAAAAUAAAGAAGUUG